AUCGCGUUUCGCGAGCGAGUUGACGUAAUCUCGGUGAAUCAAGACAGUUUAUCAAUUCUCUCCGCCUGGCUGCAGAUUGACGCCCGUCUUUUCAUCUUUAAGGGAAAAAAACGAUCUACAAGUUGUGCUUGGCCUCGAUUCGAGCUCCAAUCAGCGGAAGGGCAGUACUAGAAUGGGCUUUUUUCGCCAGAGUGGACUUUACGACAGUUUGCCCGCUUGCGCAUUCUGAUAGAAAAACAACACGUUUGACGUCCGCUAGCUUAAUCGUUAGUACUCGCCGCUGCCCUAUGCUGUCGGCGCUGCUGGAGUGACAGUCUUCGAAGGAGGGAGGCCACACAACGCAUUUUACUUGGAGAUUUUCCCGCACGGCAAACAUGUCUGGGGCGUCGGUAAAAGUCGCUGUUCGAGUUCGACCCUUCAACUCCAGGGAGACAAGCAAGGAUUCGAAAUGUAUCAUUCAAAUGCAAGGCAACACUACAACUAUCCUCAACCCCAAAGCCCCCAAAGAACCAGCAAAAACCUUCAGUUUUGAUUACUCCUACUGGUCCCACACGACGCCGGAAGACCCCUGCUUUGCUGCGCAGAACCAAGUGUACAAUGACAUUGGCAAAGAAAUGCUGCAACACGCCUUCGAGGGCUACAACGUGUGCAUUUUUGCUUAUGGCCAGACUGGAGCUGGCAAAUCCUACACCAUGAUGGGCAAACAGGAGGAAGGCCAGGAGGGAAUCAUUCCCAUGCUUUGUGAGGAUCUGUUUGAGAAAAUCAACGAGGAUAGCAACAAAGAGGAGCUCUCCUAUUCUGUAGAGGUCAGUUACAUGGAGAUCUACUGUGAGCGGGUGCGUGAUUUGCUCAAUCCCAAGAACAAAGGGAAUCUCCGAGUGAGAGAGCAUCCGCUUUUGGGCCCCUACGUAGAGGACCUCUCCAAACUUGCCGUCACUUCCUAUACGGACAUCGCUGACCUCAUGGAUGCGGGCAAUAAGGCCAGAACUGUGGCGGCCACCAACAUGAAUGAGACCAGCAGCAGGUCCCAUGCGGUUUUCACCAUCGUCUUCACGCAGCGAAAACACGACAGUGAGACAGACCUUUCCACUGAAAAAGUCAGUAAAAUUAGUCUUGUGGACUUGGCAGGAAGUGAAAGAGCAGAUUCCACUGGAGCUAAAGGGACCCGGCUGAAAGAGGGAGCAAACAUCAAUAAGUCCCUAACCACGUUAGGAAAGGUCAUCUCUGCCCUGGCUGAAGUGGAUAACUGUACCAGCAAGAGCAAGAAGAAAAAGAAGUCAGACUUCAUCCCAUACAGAGACUCCGUUUUGACAUGGCUCUUGAGGGAGAACCUUGGCGGAAAUUCCAGAACUGCAAUGGUUGCUGCCCUCAGUCCUGCUGAUAUCAAUUAUGAUGAAACUCUGAGCACACUGCGCUACGCCGAUCGAGCCAAGAAUAUCAAAUGCAAUGCUGUCAUCAAUGAGGAUCCCAACAAUAAGCUGGUGCGUGACCUGAAGGAUGAAGUGGCCCGACUGAAGGAGCUGCUGCGUGCACAAGGACUGGGAGACAUCCUGGACAUUGAUCCUCUGGGGGAUGAUUGCCCAGGAAGUGGAAUCAAAUGUGACACUGCUCAAAGCUUUAGAAUGCCACUGCUCAGUUGUCAAGCUGACGUUCAGAGCUUCAGACCAAAAGACCUCAAAGACAUUCAGAACAAUAAGAAUCGAUACUUGAUAGCCUCAGAGAACCAACGCCCUGGCCAUUUCUCCACAGCCCCUAUUGGCUCCCUGACAGCCUCUCCAUCCUCUGGCUCACUGUGCAGCCAGGGGGCCCUGCAGUCCGUCACCAGCAUACAGGAGCGGAUCAUGUCCACCCCUGGGGGAGAGGAAGCUAUUGAAAGACUCAAGGAAUCUGAAAAGAUCAUUGCAGAGCUCAAUGAAACCUGGGAAGAGAAGCUGCGAAAGACCGAGGCCAUCCGCAUGGAGAGGGAGGCAUUACUUGCAGAAAUGGGCGUAGCAAUCCGCGAAGAUGGAGGCACUUUGGGGGUGUUCUCUCCUAAAAAGCUCAGCCGUGAAAAUCCAUUUGAUGAACAGGUCGAUUGUUUUUCCACCAAGCAUUUCAAUGAGAAGCCUUGUGAUCUCUAUACAGACUUUAAUGGGGUCUUCUCCCCAAAGAAGACUCCUCACCUGGUUAACCUGAACGAGGAUCCCCUCAUGUCAGAGUGUCUACUCUACUAUAUCAAAGAUGGAAUUACAAGGGUGGGACAGGCUGACGCUGAAAGAAGGCAGGAUAUUGUCUUGAGCGGCGCUCAUAUCAAGGAGGAGCACUGUAUUUUCCGCAGUGAGAGGAAUGCCAAUGGAGACGUUAUCGUCAUGCUUGUGCCCUGUGAGGGAUCAGAGACUUACGUCAAUGGCAAGCGAGUUGAGGACUCCAUCCAGCUGCGUUCAGGAAACCGUAUCAUUAUGGGAAAGAACCACGUGUUCCGCUUCAACCAUCCCGAGCAAGCCAGGGCGGAAAGGGAGAAAACGCCGUCGGCCGAGACCCCUGUGGAGCCAGUGGACUGGACCUUCGCUCAGAGAGAGCUUCUGGAGAAACAGGGUAUUGACAUGAAGCAGGAGAUGGAGAAAAGGCUGACCGAAAUGGAAAUCCUAUACAAAAAGGAGAAGGAAGAAGCUGACCAACUCCUUGAGCAGCAGAGACUGGUAUAUGAGAGCAAACUACAGGAACUACAGAAACAAGUUGAGACUCGUUCUCUCAUUGCUGAAACACCCGAUGAGGAAGAGCUCGAGGAGGAGGAGGAAGAGGAAGUGCCGUGGACUCAGCACGAGUUCAACCUGGCUCAAUGGGCCUUCAGAAAGUGGAGGUUCCACCAGUUUACAUCGCUCCGUGACCAGUUGUGGGGGAAUGCCGUCUACCUGAAGGAGGCCAAUGCCAUCAGCGUGGAGCUCAAGAAAAAAGUCCAGUUCCAGUUCGUUUUACUGACAGACACCCUGUACUCACCCCUGCCCCCGGAGCUCUUACCACCCGAACCUGAAAAAGAGCGUGACUCCAGGCCUUUCCCUCGCACGGUGGUGGCCGUUGAGGUCCAAGACCUGAAGAAUGGAGCCACACACUAUUGGUCCCUCGAGAAACUCAAGCAGCGUCUGGACCAGAUGCGGGAGAUGUAUGACCGGGCCGGUGAAAUGGCUUCUUCCACGCACCAGGAAGACUGUGGAGAAGGCACUCUGACUGGAAAUGACCCCUUCUAUGAUCGCUUUCAUUGGUUUAAGCUCGUGGGAAGCUCCCCCAUCUUCCACGGUUGCGUAAACGAGCAUCUGACCGAACGCACGCCCUCGCCCACCUUCUCCACCACCGACUCUGAAAUCACCGAGCUGGCGGACGAGCGCCAGAGCGAGAUGUCCGACUUGAUGGACGACGAGGCGUUUGUCGACGACACCAGCUCGGAUGCCGGCACGGAGGAGGGCUCGGAUAUCUUCAGCGAUGGCCAGGACCCCUUCUAUGACCGCUCCCCCUGGUUCAUCCUGGUGGGAAGGGCUUUUGUGUACCUGAGCAACCUGCUGUACCCCGUACCACUGGUCCACCGUGUUGCCAUAGUAACAGAGAAAGGAGACGUGCGAGGUUUUCUACGUGUUGGGGUGCAGGCCAUAGCUGCUGAUGAGGAGGCCCCAGACUACGGCUCCGGAGUAAGGCAAUCGGGAACCGCCAAGAUAUCCUUUGACGAUGACUACUUCAAAAAAAAUGACUUCCCAUCCACUGGUAUGACCCACUCUGGUUUGUCCUUGGAAGAGCUUCGCAUUGUGGAGGGCCAGGGUCAAAGUUCAGAGGUCAUCACCCCCUUAGAGGAGCUCAACAGAAUCAACGACAUGGACCUCAAGCUGGGAAACACCGCAGAAACCAAACUGCCUUGUGGUGACAGUCUACCCGGCCAGUUGGAGAUAGGCAGCACCUUCACCUUCCGCGUGACCGUGCUCCAGACCACCGGCGUCCCACCAGAAUAUGCUGAUAUCUUCUGCCAGUUCAAUUUCCUGCAUCGUCACGAUGAAGCCUUUUCCACCGAGCCCUUGAAAAACACCGGCAAAGGCGCUCCUCUGGGUUUUUAUCAUGUGCAAAACAUUUCCGUUGAGGUGACCGAGUCCUUCAUUGAGUAUAUCAAGACCAAGCCCAUCGUGUUUGAAGUGUUUGGCCACUACCAGCAGCACCCGCUGCAUCUCCAUGGCCAGGACCUCAUCAGUCCUCCGACACAAUCCAGGAAGUACUAUCCUAUUCCAAUGCCACUGUCGAAACCUGUCCCAGCCACCAAGUUGAACACAAUCACCAAGUCCAACCUGGGCCAGUGUGUCAGCAAAUACGACCUGCUCGUCUGGUUUGAGAUCAGCGAGCUGGAGCCCACAGGAGAGUACAUUCCAGCUAUUGUGGAUCACAGUGGCGCACUGCUUUGCCACGGCACGUACCUGUUGCACCAGGGAAUCCAGCGGCGGAUCACUGUGACUUUAAUCCACGAAAAGGGUAGCGAGCUGCACUGGAAAGAUGUUCGAGAGCUGGUUGUUGGUCGCAUUCGGAACAAGGCUGAAGUGGACGAUGGCGCAGCUGAUGCCGUUUUGUCCCUUAACAUCAUCUCUGCCAAGAACAUCAAAUCUUCCCACAACUCGAACAGGACCUUCUACCGCUUCGAGGCGGUGUGGGACAGCUCCCUGCACAACUCCCUCCUGUUAAACCGAGUUACUCCUUACGGAGAGAAGAUCUACAUGACUCUCUCGGCAUAUCUGGAGCUUGACCAUUGCAUCCAACCCGCUAUUAUCACCAAAGACAUCUGCAUGGUCUUUUACUCUCGGGAUGCAAAGAUCUCACCUCCCCGUUCCCUCAGGAAUCUUUUCGGGAGUGGGUAUUCCAAAACCCCAGACUGCAACCGUGUUACCGGAAUCUAUGAGUUGAGUUUGUGCAAGAUGUCCGAUUCUGGAAGUCCAGGCAUGCAGCGCCGAAGGCGGAAGGUUUUGGACACAUCAGUGGCCUACGUGCGUGGCGAGGAGAACCUGGCAGGUUGGAGGCCCAGAGGAGACAGUCUCAUCCUGGAGCAUCAAUGGGAGCUGGAGAAAAUGGAGCAGCUGCAUGAGGUGGAGAAGACCCGCCACCUCCUCCUACUGAGGGACAAACUGGGAGAGUCGGCUCCCGUGGGAUCGGCGCCAGCCAGCAAAUCGCUCAGCGAGUUGUUGUCUCCAAGCAUGAGCUCGGGCACCUUGUCCACCUCCACUUCCAUCUCCUCGCAAAUCUCCAGUACCACCUUUGAGAGCGCCAUCACGCCCAGUGAGAGCAGCGGCUACGACUCCGCCGACAUCGAGAGCCUGGUUGACCGCGAGAAGGAGCUGGCCACAAAGUGCCUCCGCCUCCUGACUCACACAUUCAACAGCGAGUACAACCAGUUGGUGAACAGCAUCAGCGACUGCAAGCUCUCCGACAUCUCCCCCAUGGGACGUGACCUGUCGGUGACCAGCUUCAGCAGCGCCACACUCACGCCCUCCUCCACCUGCCCCUCGCUCUCAGACUCCCGCUGUGGCUCUGUAGAACAGAAAACUCCAGAGAACUGUUCCCGUGCGUCCAGCCCAUCCUGCUCAGACUAUGAAAACUUCCCCAUGGUUCCCACCCUGGAGGCUUCCUACCUGGCACGUGCGGGGAAGAACGAAUUCCUCAACUUGGUGCCUGAUAUCGAAGAAAUGAGGCCAGGAUCUGUCGUGUCAAAGAAGGGUUUCCUAAGCUUCAUGGAGCCUCGCUCCAACUCGUGGGUGAAGCACUUUGUGGUCGUGCGGCGGCCUUACGUCUUCAUCUACAACAGCGACAAGGACCCGGUGGAGCGGGGGGUCCUUAACCUUUCCACAGCGCAAGUGGAAUACAGUGAAGACCAGCAGGCCAUGCUCAAGACACCCAACACAUUUGCUGUGUGCACAAAGCACCGAGGAAUCCUCCUGCAGGCCAACAAUGAGAAAGACAUGAACGACUGGCUGUACGCCUUCAACCCUCUGCUCGCCGGAACGAUAAGGUCCAAGCUGGCGAGAAGGCGUAGUGGCCACAUCAAGAACUGAAGUGGAUACCACAAGCUCCAUUCUUUCGAAACGCCUUUGAACAUACCGAGUGUUAAUACCUAUUAAUCGAUUGUGAUUCUUGACAGUUUUCUCUUGUAAGUAGACUUGUGGCUUAACGUCUCCUCUCUUGCGAUUUCUGUCCCCCCCGCCCCCCUUCCUCCUCAGCUUUUUGAGUUUUGGUUUUAUUCACGACAAGGUCUAAUUUUGUCCUCGCUUCGCUGUCAUUCGCGUCUCUAGCAAGUAGCAUGUCGUUAUAGUCCACUCGUGUGCACGUUUCUGCUGAAAACGUUUCUCUAGCCACUCAUUUUCUGUUUGCCAAUCAUCUGUGAAAAUGUCUCCCGGUGUUAUUGUCACCCGGUUUUGAUUCCGUUUUUUUUUUCUCCGUGUACUUAACCGCAGCAGUCCUCAGGAGAACACCCACUUUGCUUAUUGAAGCACCAACAAAAUAAUGGGAUUAAAUCGUGCCGGGGAAAAUAUAUUAUCUCUAAGGGAUGCGUCUGCUUUGCGCAAAGCAACACGCGUCGAAGAACAUUUGCUGCUAACGUAGUCUUUUUUUUAGAGUUGCUUCAGGUUUCCGCCUCGUCCAAACGUAAGACGCUUGGACGCUCCCGCUCCCAAAUGGCCUUUAGAAAACAAACCUACAUAACAAACUGCGUCUUUAGGCUCUCAUCUGAGUGACGACAGCGAUGGACUUUCUCCACGCCGUGCUGUGUAGCCAGAUCCCCAUGUCGAUAACGCCGCUGUAGGGCAAUCUCUCUGUGAAUGGGUUCAUAUCUGAUUCCUCACAUGAGCGAGACAUACAGGAAGAUGAGCUUGGAUGUCUGCUACAGGUGUGGGGAACCAAUACGGCCCAUGAGAGCACCCCUCCCCCCACUUGUGUAAUUCUAAACGCAGGCAAAACCUCAUAGAAACUGUAUAAAAAUAUAUGUA